UAUGUAUAUAAUAUUGUUUAAACGUAGUAAGUUACGUAAUAUAAAGCUUAAUUUUGUUGAAUAUUAAAAAAUCUAAGUUUAUGUAUAAAAUGGAACGCGCACAUAUUUUUAGUCUGUAUUCUGUGUUAGUGACGUCACAGUUACACAGCUGACAUUGACAAGUUUUUGUGAUGAAAUUUCGCAAACAAAAUACGUAAAAACUGCAUGUAAAAACAGCAAUGGCUUCGAGUUAUUUCACAGAAAGUGAGGCACCGAGGGAUUUUAAAGUUUCUUCUACGGAGAGUGAUGGCCAUUAUAAGAAAUGCUUGCUUUGCUACACGGUCAAGAAAAAUUUCUACUGCGCGGAUUGCAUCAAAGCUGGAAACUUCGUAUACUCCUCGAUGCCUUACUCAGACAGAUUUUCUGAAAAACAAGCUAAACUACUGAGAUUAAAAGUUAACAGAAAACAUGUAUUAGACAGAUGUGAAAGGCUACUCGCACCAAAACUAAAGAAGGACAGUUUACUGACUGAAGCCAAGCAAUCCAGAGAUAAACUGGGCCUACUCCGCCUAGCCAUAGAGCAGAGAAAAAUGAGCAUAGAGGAGAAGAGAAAAGAACUAAACACACUUGUAGAGCAUAACAAUGAAUUAAGCCUAAAGCUACCAAGGUAUCAGAAACGAGUAGCAAGCUUAGGCAAGCAUGCUCAGAUGCAAAGGAUAGAGUUACAUAACAAGAUGAUUGAGUAUAAUGAGCAAGCAGAUAAUCUGGCCGCGCUACGAAGGGCUAGGAUACGACAAUUAACAAGUUAUAUUUUCCCAGUGUAUAUGAGUUAUGAUACAAGUGAUAGUAUAGAGGACAUGGAAUUUAUUGGUGAUGAUGUGGAAGAGCCACCUAAGAAGUUGCAUUUACACAUAGUGAACCCGUCCAUUAGCAUAGACGGAGACUGCACACAGCUGCAGACUUGGAGCGGUGCGGGCGGUACAGGCGGGGCGGGCGAGGCGGGCGGCGCGGGGGGAGCGGCGCUCGGUCUGGCGGCGCAGCUCGUGGCGCUGCUCGCGUGGACGUUAGACGUGCGGCUACCGCUCCCCAUCUCGCUCAAUGAGUCGUGCGGCAGCGCGCGGCUGGCGAGCGCGUGCGCGGCGCUGUGGUGCGGCGCGGGCGUGUGGCCGGCGCGCGCGGCGCACGCGCUCGAGGCGCCGCACGCGCUCGCGCUGGCGGCCAGCGCCGACGACCCGCUGCUCGGCAGGGAGGACGCUUGCCGCGGCGAGGACGGUGCGCGAGUGAUGGAGUGGUGCAGCACGUGGGACGCAUGCGCGGGGGCCGGGGCCGGCAUGGGGGGUGCGGGGGUCGCGGGGGGGCUCGACGACCCACACGAACAUGAGGACGCGGAACCAGAGCACUUGCACUGGCCCGAAACUGCUGAGUUGGAGGAGGUGAGCAGCAGCCCCCCCGUGCCUGCGCCGGCGCCGUCGCUGGUGACGUCGGCCGCCGCCUCCCUCGCGUCCGUGUGGCGCGGCUGGACCAAGUGACACAUCCACACCCUGCUACGUGCGGUGCCAGGCUCACGGCCAAUCAAUUGUGAACCUUAUGCGUAUGUGAUAGAGCCACGCGUAGUCAUGGAUGAACUGCGGACAGUCCACGGUGGUGCCACUCAUAUUUGCCGUGUUACCUUGCUGUAGCGUUUCGCACGGAAAUUGCCUCAUCCUCGUAGCCUCCCCCCCUCUCCCUACACAUACUUCUUUCUAACCCCUGAUGAAGGAAUAUUAAUAUUACGAUAAUCCAAAAUGAAUGGUGUACUUAUAAAUCUAGAACCAUAGUGUAUCAAAUGUUUAUUGAGCAUAAUGUAGCCUGAAGUUUUUGUAGUCUGUGCAUUCCUGUUUACUUAUAAAUGGCGAAGCAAUUAUUGCGGGUCUAUGAACUUAAGGAACAUGGUAGUUAUAACUGUUAAAAUUUUGGCGCCAUCCAGUUCUGGAUUUGUAAUUAGGUCGUAUAGGCCGCGGUCUAUGGGCGGCAGAUUUCAGAGGACGCUCACUCGAUUUAAUUAAUCAUUAGUUUAUUUAACUUUAGUGCCUUCGGUAAUACAAAUGGUAAAUUAUUAGGUAUUUUAGAAACCUACAUACAUAAACCUACCUACAUGGGGCGGCUGAAAUAAAAUGGCCUACACUCAUAAAAAAAAAUCUGCCACUGGCGCCAUCUAUUAUAAUGUUCGGGGAACUACUUUAAAUUUUCCUAUCAUUCAAUUAUCUCAUAGAGUGACUGGCUACUGUGUUAAUGUUGAAUUAUGAAUCGACAAAGCAUGCUACAAAUACAAUGAACCUACUGUGCAGGUCUUUUGGGUAAUACAUCUUUGUGUCAAACAGAAAAAUAUCGCAAUCUGAAUCGCUUCGAACGUCGCCAUCGACGCAAACAAUAUUAUUUUUUUAUAUAGGUCGAUUACCUACCACAGGUGCGUACAAUUUACAUAUUCAUAUAUUGCAUGUGGAUAACACACGUCAGUCGUCAUCGCAACACAUUGUUUACAUUAUAUUCAUCAGAGUAAAUAAUAUAGAAUAUUGUUUGUCGGAUCUAUGUAUCUGUCCUUUCAUUUCUAUUAUAAUAUGCCACCUUUUUGUGUUAGUGUAAGCUCUGUGAUCGUGCCAGCUUUAGUAAACUGACCUAUAACCCCACGCGACAUCUCAGUCUACCUUUUAGUCAUAACAGCAGCUCAGUUCAGCCUCAACUUUGUGUUGAAAACUGAGCCUAAAUUAGAUCAUUGUUGAAUGAUCUCUGAGGAACUGUUUCAGACGGCUGUAUCUAUAAACCAAUCUCACAUUAGAGAGUAGGAUCUCAAGUAGGCAUUUAAUGUUUUAAAUUCUUUUAUAAAUAAAGCUUAAGUUGUCCUCUAAAAGGUUGUUCUCAGCUGAGUCGGUGUUGUAUCAUGAAUAAAAUUCUAAUGUGGAAAUUUGUCAUCUGCUAUGAGCCUUAAGUUGUCAUUUGAGAGGUUGUUCUCAGCUGAAUCGACGUUGUUUAAUAAAUAAACUUAGCUGUCGAAAGUCGUCAUGUGUUGUGACUUAGAUGUUGACUAAUAUGCCAUAGUCGUUGAUCAUCCUCUCCCAAUGACGUCCUGAGCCGAGGUUCCUAACGAGUGAGUUCCCCUCAGGUCGCUUAUUGUUUAAGGGUUACGACUCAAGUGCUCACCCAAAACCCCGGUGUGUUUGUAUAAGCCGGCCCUUGCCAGGCAAAGGAUCAUGAAAAAAAUUAUUAUUAUUAUUGCUUUGUAUGACGAGACCAGAUUGCCGUUCGCUUUAUGGUAAGCGAUACGACCACCCAUAAACAGUAGAAACACCAGCCAUUGAUUUACAAAGUAUUGUUUGUUAUUCCACUGCGCUCGCCAUCCUGAGACAUGAGAUGUUAAGUCUUAUUAUGCCCAGCAGUUAUAAAAAUGAAGGUAGCUCUCUUGAAUGUCUAUUUCUGCCGCCAAGCAACAGUGUGCAUGCACUGUUGUGUGUCGGUUCGAAGAAAAUUGUAAACAGUGUAAUUACAGGACAUUUUGAGACUUAACUCCUUAUGAUUUCUCAGAAUGACAACCGCAGUGAAGUACCACACAGUAUGUUGUAAUUUAAAAUUUCAGGUAGACUUGGUACUGUUUAUGGGUGAUGGUAAAGAUGAUACAAAUCGAAUCACAACACUGACUACACACAGCUGCUUGGCGGCAGAAAUAAGCAUUGCGGUGGUACCUACUCAGACAGACCCUCACAUAUGAGAGACUACCACCAGCAUCUCAGCUGAUAUCGCCCUUCGGGACAUAAGAUCGUACACAAAGUUGAGAUUAGUUCAUUAACACAGCUCUAAGUAUUUUAACGUUAUGAGUCGGCAUAUUUAUCUAAAGGUGGGAGGUCACUGAUGUCAUGUGACAUUUGUUCUUGUCACUCGUCAUGGUAAAAUUUUCUCAAAUUGUAUAGAUACCGUAUCCUAUAAGGUCUAUAUUCUAUAAGGCUUAUAGAAUGUAGAUAAUAGUCAUAUUUUGUUAAUCUGUGUGAGUCUACAAGCUUUGUGUAUAUUUUUGUUUUAAUUUUUGACAUGAAUAAAACAUUUUUGUAUAUA